AUGUAUUUAAAACAUGCUGCCAUAAUCCUUUUAACAAUUACAUCAGUUAAGGGAUUUUACAGUGAUUCAGAGGUAGUUGAUUGUAACUCAGAUUUAAGUAAUGAAGAGCUAUCCUAAGCAAUAAGACUUCAGACUAUUGACUAAUAUUGUUUUCUAAUCUUCCGUAAGUAAUUUUUGUAAUUAUUAGCAAUAAUAGCAUUCCUUUUAACAAUGAUUAUUAUGCUAAGUUUUGUUAUUUAUCCAAAAACUUGGAAAAUGCCCGGCGAUAUCAUAUUUUUUAUUUCUUUUUGUGAGGCAAUCUUAUGCGUUCAUUGGUUCAGCACAAGCAUAUACUUUAUGAUUAAUGAGAGUAGUCCUUUAAGUGAUGAUAUAUUUUGCUAAGUUAAUUCAAUUGUAAGUAUAUUUGCUGGAGCUGGAGAAGUCACAUACAAUUUAAUAUUCUGUCUUUAUGUAAGAAUAACUUUAAAGGAUUAAUUUACAACAAGAAAAAAACUAUACCUCAUUCUUCAUUUCAUAGCAUGGUUUACCAUGAUAUCUAUAACUUUGAUAGCAAAAAUUUUUAAUUAUAAUGGAUUGUCAUUAUUUGGAACCUGUAGUUUAAAGUAUAACCCUGGAUUCAAUUUUGCUGGUUUGGUUUUGGUUUUCGUUAAUACUUUUAUGUCUGUUUAUACAGUGCUAUAUAUUAAGAAGGUUGUUCCUGAAAAUCAAAGAUAUUUAAAUUUGAUAGGAAAAGUAACUCGAUAUUAUUCUUCGUACAUAACAGCUUAAUUUUGUAUAUAACUAAGCCAAGCAAUAAGUUAUAUUCUAGUUGGACUUAAUUGCACUAAAUUUCACAAGGGGUGGCUUUUAAUAUUUAUCACGGUUGAAAAUUCUGCUAAAUUAUGCACUCCAUUUGUUUUAUCUAUAUUAAGGCUGAGAGAUCCAACUAUAAACAGAUAAAUCUUAUUAAUAUGGAAAAGGCUUUCAUCAAAAUCAGAAGUUGGCAGUUCAUUAUGUAUUUUUAAAAUUAAUUAUCCUUAGUAUCAGAAGAGCAGAAUUUAGUAGUUAUCGCUAGAACUUUACUCUUAGAUAAGGUUAAUACUAUUGUUUAUAGCAUAUAAUAAAUAUUUUAAUAGGAUAAUUCUACAGAAAAUAUUUCAAAAGUUAGCUAAUUAUUAAAAAAAAAUAACAAAGUAAACAAUCAAAUAUCACAAAAUGAAUCCAAGUAGAUUUAAGAAGCUUAUGAUAAAAUAACUUAAGAGGAUAUCAAUGAACAAGCUUAGUUCGUUAUUCCACCUGAAUAAGACUUAGACAUUGAACUGAGAUUAAUGGCUUCUACUAUUAUAAUUUAUGCUCCAAAAGUUUUUCAAAAUUUGAGAAAAAAAGAUAGGAAAAUAAACAAUUACUCUUAGUCCUUCGAUCCAAUAUCUAAUUAAGAAUAAAUCAAUUCUUUUAAAGGCCCUGAUGGUGGAAAGGGAGGAGCAUUCUUUUUUUUUACCUUUGACAAUAAACUGUUAAUCAAAACAAUUAGUGAAGAAGAAUUAAUGAUAAUUCAAAAAAACUUGGGCAGCUACUACUUACAUUUAAAUAGAAAUGAGUCCCUAAUCUCACCAAUUUAUGGAAUCUUUAAGUUUUUGUUAAAAAAUGUAAAAUCUUAUUUAAUUAUAGGGAUAAGAAUCUCAAAUAUUUAUAGUAAUGAGAAAUGCUCUCUAAAUUCCAUCAUCUUAUGUGAUGAGAACAUAUGACCUAAAAGGAUCUGAGUAUUAAAGAAAAGUUUUGAAAUAAAAUGAUUUCACAAAGGAUUUGACAAAGACUACACUCAAAGAUAUUGACUUUAAGGAGGAGGAAGGCAAAUUAUUUAUUCAUGAAAAUAUUAAAGAUAGAUUAAGAAACAGCUUGGUUCUAGAUUCCAAAUUUUUUUCAGAGUUAAAUCUCAUGGAUUAUUCUUUGCUUAUUAUAAAAAUGAAUUGGUCGCCCUACUCAUAGAGAAACCCUUAAAUGGAUGUAAAUUAUUAAUAUUAGUUUUAGAUGUCCAAAUUUUUUAAUUCAGAAUUAUGUUGCAUACCAUCGAUAAAAGAAUAAGGUGUAUAUUACCAUAUUGCAAUUAUUGAUUACCUAUAAGAAUGGAAUGCUGAAAAAUUCAUAGAAUAAGUGACAAAAAAAGCCAUAAAUGUAAAAAUAGAUCUAGAUACAUCAGCUUAAAAUCCUUAAGAAUAUACAAAAAGAUUUAUUGAAAAAAUUGUUUAUACUAUUAUUUGA